GCACGCACCAGAUCCUGCCACUGGAGGGCGAGCUCUGCCAGCAUGUUCCCUUCAGGAGAAAGCAGCACCAUUUCCUGCUUUUGUGGAGUCUGGGCAGGCUGCCAGCUCAACCCUCCCUCCCUUUUCUCUUUCUCUCCCUCUUUUUUUUUUUUUGCUCUGGAUCUCUCCCUGUGUAUUCUGUACAUACCAAGCCAAGCCUCACAAUGCUGCGAUUACUAAACCAAGGGGCUUAGAAAUUUGCUGCCGAUGUCGCUGUUCCCAGACCUCCCUCCCUGUGGUGGACUCGCUCUGUGAGGCAGUGCAGCACACUUAGAGACAGCUCUGAUGGAAGAGCAGGGCAGGUGGACUGUGGAAGAGGAGAAACCAAAAUCACCUGUUUGGGAAAUCUAGAACAACAGCAGACAAGAUUAUAAAAAAAAGAAGAAGAAGGAGGAACAGAGUCUAUUCAGAGCUUAGGGUUCGCCGUGUCCACCCACCCCCACCCCUCUACUCUCUCGUAUGCACACACUCCCCUCGCCUCUCCCCUCUUUCCUCCCCAUUUGUCUCCUCCACUCUCCGAUGCUGGUGUGGUGAACAGCAGGACACUCUCGGCCGAGCUGCAUGGAGGCACAGGGAGGGGCAGGGAGCCCAGAGCCCAAUAAAGACAUCCAGAAGCUGCUGAAGCCCUCCAGCUCAGGUGACCUAUCCAAGGAGCUGCUCCAGCACUCAUUAGGCGACGAGGAGGGCAGCCUAUCAGGGCACACCGCUAGCCUGCUGCACAUCACCGAGAAGAGACAACCACUGAGCAGUGUGUCUUCUUUAGAGGUGCACUUUGACCUCCUGGAUCUGACCGAGCUGACCGACAUGUCCGACCAGGAACUGGCUGAAGUUUUUGCCGACUCUGAUGAGGAGAACCACAAUGAGUCCCCAGCAGGUUCCCACCAGCCCGUGCUGCCCAGAGGUGGGUACAUGCGGUCCCCCUCGUGGACGCGCUGCAGCAAAGUCGAGCCUCCGCGCGAGAGGAAGCACCACAGUGACUCAGACACCGCAGAGCCCUUAAUGAAGCUUGAAAGGCCAAAGCAGCCAUGAUAUCUGAUGUGAAACAGUCGGACCGCGGAGAGGGGGAAAAACCCAGAGGGGGCGGACACACAGCCGGAGCGGUAACACAAAGCGGACCAAGAGGCCUCCAUCUGCCACCGUGCACACGCAUAAGAUUUCAUGGUGCUGACAACUUCAAGCUGAACUCUGGACACUGUGCUCUGUUCUCUGACUGAAGAUGUUGAGAUGUGCAACAUACACACUCUCCUCCUCUCUCUCUCUGCCCUCUCUCUCUCACACACACACACACACA